AUGACUUGCCAGACCUACAGCUUUUUUGUUCUGUCUGUCGUCAUGAUUUGUUUUGGACGUUUUGGAAACAGCUUAAUUCUUGCUCAACUUCAAAAUGAUAUAGACCAACUGAAAGCUGACUUUAACUCAAGUAAUUCAGAUGUAGCUGACGGUGGACCUAUUUUUACAGAGAAACUGAUAAACUGGACAGAGAGAAAUGAAAAAAGGAUCAUCCUGAGUCAGAUUGUUUCAAUGUACUUGGAAAUGCUUGAAAACACUGACAAAUCAAAGGCGCAUGUCAGGCACAUAUCCGAGGAGCUCUAUACUCUGAAAAACAGCCUUCCCGACGGCCUAAAGAAGAUGAAAGACCUCAUGGACCUGGCAAAGCUUCAGAUGAGUGACUUGAAAAUUCAACGCAAAGCUGUGAAUGAGCUGUUCAGUGUCUUACAAAAACUGAUGGAGACUUCAACUUCUCUCAAAAGGAAAAGGAGGUGCAGAUGCUAA